AUGGCGUAUUUGUACCAGUUGUGUUCUGUCUGCUUCCAAAUAAAAAUAAAGAUAACAUAUUAUACAGCUAUUUGGGAAAUACUUCGGGAAAAAUGUCAUUCGUUAAACAAAUGUUUGCAACCAAGAACACUAGUAAUCGAUUUCGAAACGGCAAUUCAUUCAAGCGUGAAAGAUAUAUUUCCUAAUAUAGCUAUAAUUGGAUGUCGUUUUCAUCUUAGUCAAUCAUGGUGGAGACGAAUACAAGCAGUUGAUCUUGUUCAAGAAUAUAAAAACAACGAAUCCAACAUAGGAAAAUGGCUCAGACAAUUAUUUGGUCUUAUGUUUCUAGAUCCUUACGAAGUUGAACUAUGUUUUUAA